AGGGUGUCUUUAGUAAUGCGGGUGUAUGGAUGUAUAGUGGAAUAUAAUAGUGUAAAUGUGUGCGCGUGUGUACAGGCAUAUGAUGGAGUAUGAGAGUUUUUGGAUAAUAUUGUCGUGAGUGUGUAGGUAUACGUGCAUAAUAUGACGUGAUGAUUUUAUAUGGAAUAGUACGAACGUGUAUGCGUAUAGGUAGUAUCAAGAGUGUUUGUGUAAGGUAUAGAUAUAGUUGUUGUGUGUGAAUAAUAUAUGACGUAGGAGUGAAGAUUAUAUGAUACUAUGACACAAUGAAGAGAAUGUGUGUCGCGUGCGUACAGUUAUGGUAGCGAGAAUAUGUAGAUAAUCACGGUGGUAGGAAUUAGACAGGUAGUAGAUGACAGUAAGGGAUAAAUGGUAGGUGAUAAGUGCUGGUAUAUCAUAACAACUCGGCUUAGACGUGUCAUUGGUAAAAAAAAUGAAUGGGAUAGAUAUAUAGUAAAAUGACAGAAAGUUAGAGAUAAUUAUUGAUAUGAGGUAAGAGAGAACAUACUAGAAAAUAAUAGAUAAUGACAGAGGAAAACAAGACAGCGUAAGGUAGAUGAAAAGUAUUGAGAUCACGUACAUGUGUCGGCAAAGGUUCCUGUUUUCGUUAAAAUCAAGAUCGAUCAUCAAUAAACUUUCUUUCAGUAUCUGAUGUGAACGGUUAUGACUGGUGUUUAGCUGAUGUGAUUAUAGUCUUUGGUAAUUGAGGAGGUUAUACAGAAAAUGUAGGUUACAUGUCGAUAUUGAAAAAAUAUAAACUAGAACAGUAACUGUAGACCAAAAGAAUAGAACGAGAAGCUAUGAUAUGAUUUAUGAAGAUUGUGUACUGUAUAAUACACAAGAACACAAUAGAUACAUCUAAUAAUAAGUAUGGUUAAGAGACUGGUCGAUGAUAUAAAUAUGGUUAAAAAAGACUGAUCGAUGAUAUAAAUAUGGUUAAAAAGACUGAUCGAUGAUAUAAAUAUGGUUAAAAAGACUGAUCGAUGAUAUAAAUAUGGUUAAAAAAGACUGAUCGAUGAUACAAAUAUGGCUAAAAAAAACUUGGUUAGGACUGGUUAUUAAUAUUGAAUUUAUAUAAUCGGGUAAACGAUUACUCAACAUGAAAUAUUAUGUACUGGAAAGAAACAAGUUUGCUUGAUACCAACAUAUGAAGGUAGUUAAUGGUUUGUUGAUAGUGUCGAUUACAAUAAUAGUCGAGAUUUCGGCGAUAUUUUCGACCCACUCUGACAACGGAUUUUCGAGAAAAUUUAUGGCCGAGUUGAACAAGGGACUGAAGAGUUCCAGUAAAAUUUUAGAAAAUUAUUGUAACGACACAAGAAUAUUUUCUGACAAUGAAUCUUCGAGAAAAUUUGUGGCCGAGUUGAAUAAGGAAUUGGAUAAUUCCAGUAAAAUUUUAGAAGACUAUUGUAACGACACAAGAAUAUUUUGCAAUGAUGAUGAUCAGAUUGUUGCCAUUUCAUUAAGUGAUGUUCAGCUGUCCGCUUUUCCUGCUAGUAUUACGAUAAUUAAAGAUACACUAGAGGGUUUAACAAUAGCAAAUGCUAAUUUGAAAGAUAACAUUCCAAGUGAAAUCUACAAACUGACAAAACUGCAAGAUCUGAGAUUAGGAGGGAACAGAUUUGCUGGUAAUUUAAGUGAUGAGAUUAAGCAUCUGAGUGGAUUACGUUAUCUUGACUUAGGCGGGUCAGCUCUGUCUGGUUCUAUACCUGACGGUCUGUGCUCGCUGACUAAAUUGCAAUACCUGAUAUUAAAAGAUAACUAUUUUGAUGGUAGUUUAAGUGAUAAAAUUGGGAGCCUGAAUCAAUUAUUGCAUAUUGAUUUAAGUAAUUUGGGUCUAUAUGGCCCGAUACCUGACAGUUUGUACUCACUAACAGAGCUGGAGUAUCUGUAUCUGCAAGGUAACAAUUUUAGUGGUAGUUUGAGUGAUGAAAUUAAGAAUCUGACUAAACUAAGCCAUCUUGACUUAAGUGGGUCAAGUCUAUCUGGUUUGAUACCUGACGGUCUUUACUCAUUGACUGAAUUGAAAUAUUUGAGAUUAAAAGGGAACAAUUUUAACGGUAGUUUAAGUGACAAGAUUGGAAACUUGAGUGGAUUGUAUUACCUUGAAUUAACCGGUUUAAGUCUAUCUGGUUCGAUACCUGAUAGUCUGUACUCGCUGAACAGGUUGAAAUAUCUGGUAUUGAGAGGAAAUAAUUUUAGUGGUAGCUUAAGUAAUAAUAUUAAGAGUCUGAGUAGAUUAUUGUAUCUUGACUUAAGUGGGUUAAGUCUAACUGGCUCGUUACCUGAUGGUCUUUAUUCGCUGACUCAACUAAUUGGGCUGAGGUUAGGAGGGAGCAAAUUUAUUGGUAGCCUGAGUGAUGAGGUUAAGGAGCUGAAGAAACUAAGUCAUCUUGACCUAAGUGGGUCAAAUUUGUCUGGUUCGAUACCUGAUGGCCUAUAUUCGCUAGCCAAAUUGAAACAUCUGGGACUGGGAGGGAAUAAUUUUGGUGGCGUUUUAAGUGGUAAUAUUGGGAAGUUGAGCAGAUUGGAGAACCUUGACUUAAGUAGGUCAAAUCUAUCUGGUUCGAUACCUGGUGGUCUAUAUUUACUAAAUAGGUUAGAACGUCUGAGAUUGGGAGGAAACAAUUUUAAUGGUCAUUUAAGUAAUAACAUUAAGAAGCUGAAUAGAUUAAGGGAUCUUGAUUUAAGUAACUCAAGUCUAUCUGGUAAAAUACCUGAUGGUCUGUACUUACUGGCCGAAUUGAGGUCUAUGAAUCUACAAGAGAAUAAUUUUAUUAGUCGUUUGAGUGCCAGCAUUGGAAAGCUGAGAAAAUUAUCAUACCUUAGCUUAAGCAACUCAAAUUUGUCUGGCUUGAUACCUGAUACUUUGUAUUCACUGACCGAGUUGAAAUAUCUGAACCUACGAGGAAACAAUUUUAGUGGUCGUUUAAGCACUAAAAUUGGGAAGUUGAGUAAACUAGAGAGUCUUGACCUAAGUGGAUUGCAUCUAUCUGGUUCGAUACCUGGUAGUCUAUAUUCGAUGACCGAAUUAAAAUAUUUGAACCUUGCUAACAAUAAUAUCAACGGUAGUUUGUCGUCUGAGAUUGGUAAUCUGACUAAUCUAAUCAAUCUGAGUCUGGGUUCCAAUGAAUUGAGUGGCACUAUACCAAAUGAAAUUGGUAAGUUAACUAAUCUGAAAGUUUUAGAAAUGCGAGAGAAUGAGUUUGAAGGUGAUAUUCCUGAUUUGAGUGGUCUGAUAGAGUUAGAGUAUAUGAACAUUAGCUCAACAAAACACAGUUUAAAUGCGAAAUGUGAUGAUGAGAUGUUACCUCCAUCUAUUGACAAAAAAAAAUGCUUAGUUAGACCUGUGAAUAGAUUGUGCAAUAACAUUACACGGUGUGAAUAUAGCAUUGAGCAUAUACCUAAAUCAUCAGCUGGUUCAAUAUUCUACACAUCUGGAUUGAAGAUGGUUAUUGUGAUGGUUAUGUAUAGAGCUGGAAUAGAGAUGAUAUUAAAUUCAAAUUUGGAGCUAUGAUGUAUGUGUGUAUAAGGGAUAAUAGAUAAAUUGGUAUAAAUAAGAGUGGAACGAUUGCAAUUU